AUGGGGCUCUGUUUCAGCAGUGCCAAGGGUAGCAAACACCAGCGGUUCUCUCAAGAACAUCGGCAAUUCUCUUCCGUCAGUUCCAAGGGAGGAAGUGAAUCCAAAAAGUCGUCUGCUGCGCUGAAUAAGCCAGGCUCGUUUGAUACACAAAGUUUGACCAAGACAACAGCUCCCAAAGUUCAUAGGAACCUUUCUGAUCUUCGAAACAAUCCGGUAUAUAGUAAUGUCGAUAUCUUCACGUACAAGGAAAUGGCUCUGGCGACGAAGUACUUCAGGCCGGAUUUUAUUCUGGGAGAAGGUGGGUUUGGUGUUGUUUAUAAGGGAGUCAUAGAUGAGAGUGUAAGGCCUGGCUAUCCUACCACAUAUGUAGCAAUCAAGGAGCUUAAUCCGGAAGGGUUGCAAGGAGAUCGUGAAUGGCUGGCAGAAGUCAACUAUUUAGGUCAACUCAGUCAUUCUAACCUGGUAAAGCUUAUUGGCUACUGCUGUGAAGAUGAGCACAGGCUGUUGGUCUAUGAGUACAUGGCCAGUGGAAGUCUGGAAAAACAUCUUUUCCGAAGAGUUGGUUGUACUUUGACAUGGUCAAAGCGAAUGAAGAUCGCUCUUGAUGCUGCCAAAGGACUAGCUGUUCUUCACGGUGCAGAAAGAUCUGUCAUAUACCGUGAUUUCAAGACAUCAAAUAUCCUUCUAGAUGCGGACUUCAAUGCAAAGCUUUCCGAUUUCGGGCUUGCCAAAGAUGGACCGAUGGGAGACCAGACCCAUGUAUCAACACGAGUAAUGGGGACCUAUGGUUAUGCUGCUCCUGAGUAUGUAAUGACCGGGCACUUGACAGCUCGAAGCGAUGUGUAUGGUUUCGGUGUAGUGCUACUAGAGUUGCUUCUGGGAAGGAGAGCACUAGACAAGAGCAGGCCAAGCAGAGAACACAACUUAGUCGAGUGGGCUCGACCACUCUUGAACCAGAACAAGAAGAUUUUGAGAAUCUUAGACCCUAGAAUGGACGGCCAGUACUCGAGUAGGACUGCCAUGAAAGUAGCAAACUUAGCUUACCAAUGCCUUAGCCAAAACCCCAAGGGGAGACCACUGAUGAGCGGGGUGGUCGAAUUGCUAGAGAGCGUACAAUCGAAGGACAACGACAUCGACGAGUCAAUGUUCCAUAACAACAACCAUAAAGGCGUGACUCUUUACGAGGAUCCAGGCCGCAGUCAUUCAGCCAAGGGAAUGAGCAAAAGAGAAGGGGAAGGAAGCUGUAGGAGCGUUGGUGUUGAGGUCUCAGUAGAGCAGCAUGGCAGCAAUGCAUCUUCUCCUGAGCAUCACCAUCGUCAACCUGGCGGAUUGCCAAAUGUGGUAAGCAAUGCAAAUAGUCAUCAACCCUGA